AUGUGGUCUGGCAGCUCGAUAGCAGCUGUCGAUGAUAAGGCAGUUGGCACCAUGCGUGUUUGGCAUUUCGAAACUGCUUGUGACCCGAAGCGGCUGACAGUGUGGAGGUGCAGCACAUGUGGUGUGGCGCAAUUGUGUAUAUUGGAAGUACUGUGCCCGUCGCCGCAUACAUCUGUUGAAAGACAUGGGAAGCAGCUGAGUUUCCAGCAUGCAAACGCACCGUGCAGCUUCAAAAUUUGGAACCCACAGGCAAAGAUUCGAUAUGUCAGAAAAGGGGAGAGGCCGAAUCUUCAGUGUCUUGGAUUCGGAUUAGCCGGCACAAUAGCACCGCCAGUGGUGGUCUGA